AUGAGUUCUUACGUCGCCAAUUCGUUUUAUAAGCAAAGUCCCCCCGUUCCUGCCUAUGCCAUGCAAAGUUAUGGAAAUUAUGGAAGUGUGCCUGAGGUUCAGUCCCCCCGGUACCGCUGCCUGGAUCUCAGCAUCCCCCUCCCCUCUGCCGGGGCUGCCAGCUCCCUGAGCGGCUUGGACAUGUCUGCAGCCCCCCGAGCUAACCCCGAGCGACCUUCCUGCACGGUCAUGGGUUCUUCAGGGCAUCCUUUAGCCAGAGACGAUCAAGCAUCCCUAAAUCCCGGGAUUUACAGUCAGAAGAGUGCUAACACGGCGCUGGAGGAGAGAUCUAAGAGCUCGGGUGAAAUCAAAGCUGAGCCCGUGCAAACAGCACAACAAGGAGGACCACAACUGCAGCAGCAACAACCUCCACAAAUUUACCCCUGGAUGACGAAACUACACAUGAGCCAUGAAACGGACGGGAAACGCUCCCGCACCAGCUACACCCGCUACCAAACUCUGGAAUUAGAGAAAGAAUUUCAUUUUAACAGAUACCUGACGCGGCGGAGGCGCAUUGAGAUCGCCAACAACCUCUGCCUGAACGAGAGACAGAUCAAAAUCUGGUUCCAAAACCGGAGGAUGAAGUGGAAGAAAGAUUCCAAGUUGAAAAGCAAAGAGGCUCUUUAAGUGGGAUGGAAGGAGAUGGGGAGGGUCCCCUGCUUGGUUUUCCUUUUAAUAAUUAUUAUUAAUUGGGGUUUUUCUUUCAUUUCCAUCACCUCCGGUGGAAGCUACUUUGAGGAAACUUUGAUUUUGGGCUGGAGAGGGAGGGAGCUGCUGGAAGGACUCUGGUCCGAACCUUCACAGAUCCCUCAGACAAAGGGAAGUUCUUAUUAAUAUGCAAAGGGGAAAAAAAAGAGACAAGAAACCCAAACUCAGCCCCGCUGUUCGCGUCGUGCAAAAAAAUUAGCGUCCCGUUCUUUAGGUUGUUACUAAGUGUCCUGACCUGUGCUCUCUUGGAGGGGAAAAAAAAAUCAGCGAGAAACAAAAAUACGACAAAAAAAGGCUUUAAAAAAAUCCGCAGAGUGGCUGAGUCGUGUCCUCCCAGCUCUAAAACCCACAAUAUUCGCAGGGAAAAUGACCAAAAAACUGGAAAAGAAGGAGAGGGGGAAAAAGGAAAAUAAAGGGGGCAAAAAAACCCGACAAAACACCCCAAAAGCAGGAAGUUUUUUUCCAAGUCCCAGCGUUGAUGGGAGAAGGAAAUCGCUGGGAACUGCACAGGGAAGAUGCUCAGGCCCCUCGCUCCGGCUCUCUCCAGUCGGAUGGGAAAAUAUCAUCCCUCGCUGUGGCUGAACAUCCCCAAAUCCACUUAACAAAACAAAAAGAGAAGCCGGAGAGGAGAAGAGGAGGGGGGUGUCCCUGGUGUGUGUUUGCGUGGGACUCGGACGACAUCCUUUUAUUAUU